UAGUGGGGGGACUUGAAGAGACAACUGGUGUGUAUGCUUGCUUUCCUGUGAGGAAAUAAAGAGGGGAAAGCUCCUGCUUGGAUAGGAUAGGGUAGGAGAGAGAGAGAGAGAGCGUGAGACUGAGUGAGAGACGCACAGGUCUCUCUGCCUUUGCUAACGCACACACAGACGCAAGCCCACAUCCACACACACACACACGCACUCCGUGUUGCGCGUACACUCGUGGUGAAUAGCGAGUUGUGCGUUUGUGUGUGUAUGUGUGUGUGUGUGUGUGUGCGCGCCCGCGCCUGGUCUUUUGUGUGAACUGGAUUGUUCUUCGUCCAGUCUGACCCUUGUAACCCCCUGUAGAGAGAGAGAGAGAGCGCGCGAGAGAGUGCGCGUGAGUGUGCGCGCGCUAUGCGCGUGAGGGUCCCGGAGCGUGCGGGUCGUGCAUAAGGUAUUCGUCCAAGUCCAGGGGCAACUGAGGAACAGGGAAGGAAGGAAACGUGUGUCCCAGCAUAGACACGCAACACUGGACAUGCACAUCAGCCCCUCUGCGGGAGAUCUGGGUCUGACAUAGCCUCGGCCGAUCGCAGCCUGCAUUAGAGGCGGCAGCGUGUGCAGAACAGGAUGGCAGCCAUGCCGUUCGUCAGUGAGGGAAAGUGUGUUAGCGUGGAGUGGGACUUCUUGCAAGGACUCCUGGCCAAACCACCCACCCUGCCCUGUUUACAAAACCUGCGGAAGGAGAAGUCCCGGAAUGCAGCUCGAUCUCGUCGUGGUAAAGAAAACUUUGAGUUUUUCGAGCUGGCCAAAAUGCUGCCUCUUCCUGGUGCCAUCACCAGCCAGCUGGACAAGGCCUCGGUCAUUCGCCUGACCAUCAGCUACCUGCACAUGCGGCAUUUUGCGAGUCAAGGAGACCCACCCUGGAGCCCCCUGCUGGAAGGGGACAAUAACUGCAGCAAGGUGAGGAGAAACAGCCACUCACUGGCCACGGAUAUAUUCGAGCAGCACCUGGGAGCACAUCUAUUACAGUCUUUGGAUGGGUUUGUGUUCGUGGUCAGUCAGGAAGGCCGCUUCCUCUACAUAUCUGAGACAGUGUCAAUCUACUUGGGCCUUUCACAGGUGGAAUUAACCGGCAGUAGUGUGUUUGACUACAUUCAUCCUGCAGACCAUGUGGAGAUGGCAGAGCGAUUGGGAAUUAAGCCACACCUCCGCUCAGAGGCAGGCUGUCUGACCACCCAGGAAAGUGCUUCAAGUUCCGCCUCCACAUCCUCAUUGGCUGGCACACCUGAACCAGCCCCCUCCAGUCCGCUGUCAUCUGGAGAUGAACCAGUAGAGCGAGGUUUCUUUGUCCGGAUGAAAUCCACCCUCACUAAGCGCGGCCUACAUGUCAAAUCCUCUGGUUAUAAGGUGAUUCACGUUACUGGCCGGAUUCGCUGUCGGCCUGCUCUGGUCCCAGGCUCUUCACGUGCACUCCAUCGGCCAAUGGGACUGGUCGCUCUUGCUCACACACUCCCUCCCUCCACUCUUAAUGAGGUGCGCAUGGAGAGUAACAUGUUCGUGUUUCGGGUCAACAUGGAUCUCCAGAUAACCUACUGUGAGAACAGGAUCUCAGAAUAUAUGGACCUGAGCCCAGCCGAGGUGGUGGGACACACCUGCUACCACUUCAUUCAUGUGGAAGACCUAGAUACCAUCCGGCAAAGCCACGAAGACCUGCUGAGGAAGGGUCAGGUUGUGACUGGUUACUACCGCUGGUUGCAAAGGAGAGGCGGGUAUUUGUGGGUCCAGUCAUGUGCCACCGUGUCCAUCAACCACAAAGCACCCCAUGAACGCAACGUCAUCUGGGUCAACUACAUACUCAGUCGGACAGAGAUGCCUGACACGCCACUGGAUUUACUACAACUCCCAGAAAACCUUAAAGCUGAGCGUCUUCGGGCAAGCUCUUCCACUCGUGAUCUCUCUCCAAAGGGGCACGGCUCGAAUGGUGCCCAGCAAACGAAGGGCGGAGUUGGACGUAAUGAUGCUGAGCGCAAAGGGAGAGACUCUUACACCCAUCCUACAGCUAACCAGACAGAUAACAGAAGAAAAAGGCCUCACCACUCCAGCCCUGAAAACACACCUCCGCAAACUAGGAGACAGCUUGAGGUGUUCCGUCAUGGAGAGGACAGUCUGUCAGGCACCUCGGACUCAGCCAGUGACAGUGAAGCUGAGGAAGAGGAAGAGGAGGACAAAGAAGAGGAGUGGGACCAUAACAGCAACAGUAAGAAACUGAAGACUGAUGCAGGAGCCUCUAAGAAGAACAGUGAAACGGGGAAAGUCCGUAAUGGUCGUGCUGUAAUCCAGCAGUUGAAGAGUGUGGUGACCAGUACUGCCGUCAAAACUGAGCAGGAGAUUUUGGGCACCGGGAUUUGUUCUACCAUUGCAGGGCGAUGGAGCAACACUCAGUCCACCAGGGGUAUAAAUGGCAGCAGUCCCCCAUCCCACGAUUCCGACUCCGUCACCACAGAAGCUCCAGUUAAGGGUCUUUUUAGCCCUCCCUCACCCAUCUCAGCUUCACCCCUUCCUCGGGAAGAUCGCUCCCUCCACGGAGGCCGCACACCUGAUUACGAGCUUCUUCAGAGACUAGCUGCAGGUGGAGCAGCCGGGCGUGUACUGUUCCACCCUCUCGCUCUUGGUCCUCCAGGGCCUCAGAGCCUUUACGCUCCGAGCACCAUCCGCUAUGCCCCUCCGGAGCUGCCUACUGGCCAUGCUGAAGGGCCACGCCUGGACCACGCAUCUAAAUCACCCACCUUCUUUCCACAUCUUCAGAGAAUCGCUGCUCUACCACCCUUCAGUGGCUUUUCUCCUUCAGAGCCUCCCUUCACUCCAUCCCUUCCCUUUUGCAUGAACGGACUGAGAGGAGCAGCAGGGACAGAUGAGGACUGAGAAAACAGAGACUGUAAAUAAGAGAGGGGGAUAAAAGAGAUAGGUAGCACAACACUGGAAAAUAGAACUGAAGGAAAUGAGAGGGAAGGGGUGCAGGCUUGUCAUACAGUCUUCCCAGUAUCCUUUCCGGGUAGCUCAUGCGUUUGCACAGGUCUUCCUCUCUCUGGAUAUGCAGGAAAAGCCAUACUGUACAAAUAAAAAUCAUCAUAUGGACAAACACAUACAUAUAAAACUCCAGAAGGGUAUAUCUACAUUUUGCGAAAGAAAUAGACAUUUGAGUGCAAAGGCACAUCAGGACAUUUGCCAAACAAUAAAAACAAAUUCCCGCUGAAAUAAGAAAGCACAGUCCCUUCAUGGAGUAAACACAACUAAGCCUCUUUUACAGGUUAAACACUAGUGUUUUUUCUACAAAAAAAAAAACAAACAUGCAGUAUUAGUCUCUUAUUCCAUAAGCAUUACUGAAACUGAAUAACUUCAGACAGUGCAACCAUAUUUAAAGUAUUUGGUAUUUAAAGACUGCAUACAUGCAAGGCUCCAAAGCCCUAUACACACACACACACACACACACACAUACACAUUGUGAACACAUUUACUGUCCAGAACUUUAACUAACCUCUUAUAGGGAUUUAGGGUGAGUUGGGUGGGAGGGUGAAAACAUUGUCUUUCAUCAUCAUGCAUCACUUCCAAGCACUUACGUUGGUUGUUCAAGCAUCUGGCUUUGAAUAUAUAGCACUUCAUUAAUGACCACACUUUCCAUUUUUCUCUAGUGUAUAAAAAAAACAGAUGUUGAUAAGGCUGUGGUCAAUAAAAAUACUUUUUUUAUAACAAACUAAAAAAAAAAUGUAAAAGAAGGUAAUGACGUGAUCACUAAAAAGGGAACGUACCCAAGUGGUCCUUAUAGUCAAAAUGUUCAGAUUAUGGCGUUACUACACUGUUCAACUGAUGAUGUGUGUGCAGAUUCUUUGUUAAAGGGUUUACAGGAAAAGAAUCACAUCAUUUUUAGGUGUCUGUGCCAAAAGAAACAUUUUUAAAUGUAAAUGGCCAUAUGUUUUCUGUCUAAAGGGUGAGCCUUUUGUGUUUUACUUGUUAGUGCACAUUUGUUAUAAAUGAGUGAGUGAGUGAGUGAGUGAGUGAGUGAGUGAGUGAGCAAGUGUAUGAGUGACUGAAUCAUUGAGCCAAUCAGUCGAUGAGUGAAUUACAGACUGAGUGAAAGAGUUUGUGUAUGUGUGUGUGUGUGUGUGUGUCUGGAAGGGAACACACACAUUUGUUCUAUGUUUCAUGAGAUUGUGGUCUCUUUAACGUUUUUCCAUCACUGUGAAUCUAACCUUAUGUUGAAAUGUUGGUGAAAACACAAUGGUAUCAACAUUAAAUGAAAAUGAAAAUCUGUAAAGAUUAUUGUAAUGAUAAUA